AUGUGUCUCUCUGCGUCCUCCUCUCUCUGCGUCCUCCUCUCUCUGCGUCCUCCUCUCUCUGCUUCCUCCUCUCUCUGCGUCCUCCUCUCUCUGCGUCCUCCUCUCUCUGCUUCCUCCUCUCUCUGCGUCCUCCUCUCUCCCUGCUCCAUCUUCUCUCUGCUGCAAAUGUCUGCUUUCUACCUAGGAAGUUCCCCUUCCCCCGCCUCCUCCCCCUCCCCCACGCCCCCUCCUCUUCCCUCUUCUGAGUCGACUCAUACUUUUCCUCCCUUUCUCCUCCCUUUCUCCUCCCUUUCUCCUCCCUUUCUCCUCCCUUUCUCCUCCCUUUCUCCUCCCGUUCUCCUCCCUUUCUCCUCCCUUUCUCCUCCCUUUCUCCUCCCUUUCUCCUCCCUUUCUCCUCCCUUUCUCCUCCCUUUCUCCUCCCUUUCUCCUCCCGUUCUCCUCCCGUUCUCCUCCCGUUCUCCUCCCGUUCUCCUCCCUUUCUCCUCCCGUUCUCCUCCCGUUCUCCUCCCGUUCUCCUCCCUUUCCAUGUCCCCUCCCUCCCUUCCCCACCAAAUACCCCCCAUCCCUCUCCCCCCCCCCAGUCUCUUCCUGCACUGGACGCCAGUGUCAGCCACGCAGGUGGACAUGGCAAUAGAGGCCAAGGCGGCAGGCAGGGCCAAGGACGGCUGGAUCGCCCUGGGAUGGUCGCCCAAAGGAAAGAUGUCGCCCGCUGAUGCUGUCAUUGGGAACCUGGCUGGCGGGCUUAACACGGGAGUGGUGAUGCUGGCCUUACCACGCUCGUCUACGCCUUCCCCCGCUCACUCUUCCCCCACUCCCCCCCAACCAUCUCCUAACAGCUUCUCUCGCACCAAGAACACGGGAGUGGUGAUGCGAUUCCCCAUGGCUGGCCUGUCUAAGCUGGUCUGGGCCUUCUCCCGCCCGGGCCUUCCCUCGCUUUCUUUCCACGGCAACAGCUAG